UUCCCAGCACCCCACCUCACUCCCCCCCACAAUGGAACCCCCGAGGAUCAACACGACCGCAGGGGCAUCAGCAUCUGCACCACUUGCAGGACUUGCUGUCGGAGGAGGGAAUGCAGUGGAGGCCGAGGGAGUGGUGACACCGGGCAUGAUCUCGCCGCUUCAAGCUCAUACGGUUCGUCUUCGUCAUAUGAAAGAGGUCAAGAGCUUUCUCCUCGCACCGGCUAUGCUCGAAGAAGAGGUAGAGUUGCUGGGAAAGGCCAUCAUUGCUGCCUUUCCAAAAAUCAUCUCUCGCUCGCCAAACACUCCAAAGUCUGUCAAGAUCACAGGCGUCAUGUCCGAAGCUGGCGUGGUCUCUCCGCUCCAUCUCCUCGCCCGCAUGCCUCAUAUCUUUACCGGCACUCCAUACUCGGUCCUCGUAGUUGGUGAUCGGGAAGUCAUUCAGACGGCUUCGGGCGCUGCGCUUCCGCCUGGAUGGGAGAUGCGGAUCCACGAGAACGGCCAGCCGUUCUUCAUCGACCACAACACCCAGAAGACGACUUGGCGCGAUCCGCGUGUGCCGGACCCGCUCUCGCCCAACCCUGACGAGGCGGCCGCGCCGACGUACGCCGCGGUCAUGUCGGUGAAGGACCUUGCCCACGCCACCCACUUUGAUGAGGUCGAGGUCUCGGAGCUCCUCGAGGUCUUCCGCAACGAGGCCGCUUUUCGCGAGCAGCGCGUCCCAAUCGACGGCGGUAGCGACGACGCGGGCGCGGCCGGUGCCGGCGCCGGCGUCUCGCUUGCUCCGGUCUCUAACGGCAAGGCCAACGUCGACUCGUCGUCGUCGUCGUCGUACUACUCGUCGUACUCGUCGUCGGAGAACGAUCCCGACGCCGGCAUCGAGAACCAGGAGUUUGAGACAGACUCAUCCGACCUCACGUAUUCGGCGUCGGACGACUCGCAGCGCGAGGCCAAGAACCAAAUCAUCCGUGAGCGCCGAGAGCAGAAGCGCCAGCGGUUUGACGCCCACAAGGCUGCCCGCCUCCGCCGCCUCGAAGAGCGCGCCGCCCGCAAGGCUGCCCGCAAGGCCGCCAAGGCCGAGGCCAAGGCUGCCAAGGCCGCGAGUAACGCGUCCGAUGCCGCGCCUGCCGCCGCUAGAGCCUCGAGCUCGGCCGCCGCGGCGGGUGCGACCCGCGAGGUCAUGGUCCUCGACGCGGCCGGCUUUGAGCGGGCGCUGACCAAGCUGCUUCCGGCGAGCCUGCCCGAAGAGGAGCGGAACCAGGCCACUGCUGCCCUCCACCGCCUCUUUGGCCUCUUUGACCGCGACGGCUCGGGCACUGUUGAGUUCCACGAGUUUGUCGUCGGCGCAUCGCUCCUCUGCGGCGGCUCGCAGGAGGCCAAGCUCGCCGCCCUCUUUGACGUCCUCGACGAGGACAAUGACGGCGGCAUCGACUCGGACGAGCUUCUCUCGUACUUUAAGUCGCUCCGAUCCGUCUUUGAGGGCUCGUCCGGCAUCUCCCCCGUCGGCCACACCGACGCCGAGCUCGCCGCAAACGUCGCCGAGUGCUUUGCCACCGUCGACACCAAUGGUGACGGCGUCAUUGACGCGGACGAGUUUGCCGUCUGGGCCCAGACAAAUCCGCCGUGCCUCCGCUGGAUGGGUGUCUGGUCGCGGGUCGAGUCGCUCGAGGCCGAAGCCGCCACGCCCUCUUCCAAGUCCUCGUGCGCCAUCAUGUGACGCCUUCGAUCGCGCACCCUCUCCGCAUUCCGGUAAACCACGGACACGACCA